UUUCACAUGUUAUGUUCAGUAUCUGAUUUUCACUCGACGAGUAAGCAGAAGGAUAUCCUGGAGAAUAUAAAGAUCGUAGCAUUUUGUGUGCGCUUUAGAAAUAUUUUUCAUCAGAAGUAUCGUUGGAAAAUUGUUACUAGUUUGCAUACACCGCCCUCCACGUUGAUCGUAACCUAGUCGUGUUCAGUGCAACAAAACGAAGUGCACCGAUUUUCGAUUAUAUAGCGCAUUAGUAAGAUUAUCAAAAUAAAGUUUAAAAUGGAUGGUGCCACAGUGAGUCCUAUGCCCGAGGCUCCGCUCGCUAUGAUGGAAGUCGAAAAAACACCUCCUCGAAGCCCCAGCAAUCAUGACAUGCCUCCUCCGCCUGAUGAAAAACGCUAUGAUGAUGAUGACGAUCGCGUUUGGAACUGUGGAGCAUGGUUCGAGUACAUUUUAGUAGUGGUUGUUUCAUCGAUAUUACUCAUUGCCGCGUCGGUUUUGACAAUAUUCUGGGUUAUAUACUAUCGAAAAGGUAUCAAUAUGGACGAUCCCAAGCUACAAUUUAAUCUCCAUCCAGUUCUGAUGGUUGGCGGUUACAUUACUUUGUCUGGAUUCUCUAUAUUACUUUACCGUAUCUGCCGUUGUUGCUCUCAUCUUAUAGUCAAAUUGUGCCACACGUUUUUCCACGCAUGUUCUAUUCCUUGCAUUGUAAUUGGAUUUCUCGCGGUCUGGGACUCGCACAAUCAAACGAACAAUCCGAAUUUUUACUCGCUACAUUCCUGGCUUGGCUGCAUUACCAUGGGAUUGUUUGUUCUGCAGUUUGUAUUAGGAUUUUUCAGCUUCCUUAUUCUUCUCUGCUGUGAAAAUGCAACAUAUAAAUUUAGAUCUACAAUGGUUCCCAUCCAUGCCAGCUUUGGUGUUGUCACAUUCAUGCUUGCCAUCGCAACGGCGGUCACCGGCUUAACUCAAAAAGCUAUUUUCGAACUAGGUGACAGCUAUCCUAAAACAGUAGAGGAAGGAAUCAUUAUCAACUCUAUUGGCGUAGUUUUAACAGGUCUAGGUAUUAUCAUUCCAUUUGCUGUUAGACGUUCCAAUUCUCCAGCCAAUUGCAAAGUAUAUGUCACUGAGCGUAUAUAAAUUCUGAAAUUUACUUGCAUCUAGUAUAAGCCUGUGUUUAUGUUAGGCAUUGGUAAUUAGUUUAAUGCAUCGUUUUACUCUACAAUGUUGUAUUAUAAUUUAGCGAAUUUGAAUUUCUUCAACCGGUUAAAGCGUAUGAAUAAUUUAAAAAACUUCUUUGUAAAUUACUUUGCUUACAUGUUGAUUAUAUCAAGUAUUUUAAUAUUAAAACAUAAAACUAGAUAUCGUAAUUAGAUAAAUAAGAUAAUUAAACAAAAUCAACGAUAAAAUGACCAUGGGAAUCGUAAUUAUUUGAUAAUAAUUUUAAAGCGUUUUAACUGUUAAAACAUAUGUCAAGAGUUGUUGAUUUUCAAACUAUGAAGACACGAAUCAUAUUUCAUAAUAGUUUGCAUAUAACUAUCGAAACAAAACUAUUGCUAUAAUCGAUUAAAAACUCUUUUAAUGAAUCAUUCUGAAACAAAAGAGUAGGAACAAGUUAUGGCUGAGCUGCAUCCAUUAUUACGUGCCAAAUAAACUUUUAAACCAUAGUUCAAGUGAUUUUUUGUGCGAUGCUUUGCAUUAUUUACGAAAUCGAAUUCAUCUCAAUAGGAUGAAACAUUACAUAUUGUAACCCAUAGAGUAAGUUUACCACAAAAGAUCAAAAUUAUGGUCGCAGUGGUCCAAAUCUUACAAGAAACCCAUAGAGUAAAGUAGUUCUAAAAUUGCAAUUUUUAUUACAACAUGAAUGUUAAUCAAUGAAAUAAUGAUAUACAUACUUACAUAUAAGUAAUCGUGAAAAAGACGUAACGCUAAAGGUAACAUUUAUUGAAAUCGUAAGUCGUGAACAAGCAACUGAGAAUAAAUACAAAUAAUUUAUGAGCGUCUUAUAAGAAUCUCACAUAUAUUUUUUCUUACAAUAUAAAUGCAUUGAAAGCUAACCAAAUAACAACAUGAUGUGUUGGCUCAAGUUUCGCAUCUCUUUACUCAGCAACUAUUUUUCAAUUAUAAUGACAUUUCUUUGUGUUAUCACCAAUAUAUUUGUUUAUUUUGUUGUUUGCCCCCCCACAUUUGCAUUUCAUGUAGUACACCACAGGUAACACAGCAUUUUUAACAAAUUGUAGUUGGCUUGUUUGUUUAACCUAACUUAUUAGGGUUCAUACAACUAUAAAAUCACUGUGUAUCUGAAUAUGAGCAUGAUUGUGAAUAAAACCUAAAUCUAUAGAAACUGAUUAGAUUUUUUCGAAGAGGAAACGGGAUAAAUGGAAAAUUAUUACCAACCAAAGUAAAACAUAUACAACAUAGGUCGGCGUGCGGCCAAACCGUUUUUGUAAAAAUAUUGAAUUAUUAACACCAGUGGAUGUGAAAAUUAAUAAACUAUUAUUCGUGGAAAAAAGCGAAAUCAUUUGGACAUUUUUUCCAUUAUUCAUUAUUCUCGUGGAUGGCACCCUUCUGAAUGCGACACGAAUGAAAAUUAUUCUCAUGUUUGUCACCCACAAAAGGGUUUUCACAUUUCUUGAGUGCGUACAGCCACUUUUACUCACACCUGCAAGUACACCUAUCAAAAUUUUUGUUUUUUUUUAUUUUGUUUUAAUUCUUUUUGAAUACUAGAAUCCUUGAUAAUAAAAAUACCUUGCGGUAGAAAACACACGUUACAGCAAAUAAUCUAUCAUAACUCUCGUGAUAUUUUUUAUAUCAUAAAAAUAUGUUGGUAGUUUUGAAUGACAAUGAAUUUUACAAUUAUUGCACAAACAUCGGCGAAAAAUAACAACAGUAUAAGAAAAGAAAGCAACAACAUAAAAAAAAAUUAAAUGAAAUGAAUAAGCUGCAAUCAAUGCGUAAAACAAUUAUCAAAACAAUUAUUUUGAAAAUAUGAAAAAUACCGAAAAUUAAGCACCACAGUGGCAUAGAGACCAGAUUCUUGAGUAUUGAAUUGUUUUAUGAAAACUGUAAAUUACAUGGCAUACAACACAUAGGAUGACGGGGUUUCUUAAAUAUUUUUUUACUAUGUUUUUGUUUUGUUGAUUCAAGGAACUGAACAAACUUGGAGAUAACUGCAAAAAUUUAAUAUAUAAAACAAUUACUCAGGACAUUUCAUUAUUGAAAUUUGAUAUAAAUGUAUAUUUAUCUUCUAACCAAAGGGUCAACAGGAAAUUAAUUGCUAAUGAUUGAGCCUUAGAAUAUAAAAAAACACCGAUGGAAUUUCAUUCCGGAUCGCAACCACUAUGCUAUUUUGUAUUACUAUCAUUUGUUAUUUUUUUUUUCACAAAUUCCAAUUUUGCUUUUUUAUCGUAGCUAUAAAUUCCCCAUAUAAAAAUGAAAUAUAUUAAUGAUUUUAUUUGCCAAUCGCCUUCAUUUUUUCGCCGGACCAUGAAAUAUUUCGUUUUUAUUUUUCAUACAACUAGAAAUUAUCAUUCACUUAUAUAGAAUAUAAUGUUCUAUAAACCAAAUGACGCUUUUUAUAUUAAUAAAAUUUCUAAUAUACUCGAGAACAUUAUUUUUCGUUGCCCAAUUUUUAAUUCAUUCAUCAUUUGGCAUUGCAAUUGCCUGAAAUCAUUGCUAAAUAGAACCAAUAUUAAAACCAAAUAAAUCGUGAUUCCCACGUUCAGGUGAGUAAAACUUUAGAAAUUCUUUUGAUAUAUUUUAUGCACACAUGCCACAAUCGUGGGUUUAAUGUUUUUUAGAAUACGAACAAGCUUAACACAAUGCAGAGUUCCAUCGUAUUUUAAGUGUUUGUUUGGAUUUGUUGGCUCGCUUUGCUAAUCUUUGUCAAUGCUUUACUGUGGUGGAUCUUAAAGACUUUUGCAAACGAUUAAAAUUUUAUUUUUAGUUUAACCACAUAAUAUAUUUUAUAGCCUACAAUAAAUUUUAUAACCUACAGUAGUAACGUCGCUAUUGUUUCCAGUUAGUAGCUCAUACGGUUUGUUGAAACAGUAUAAUAAAACGAUUACAUCUAACAGGUGUAACUUUGGAGCAUCCUAGAACGCUGCUUAACAAGUGAAUAAAACCUGUACAAAAUCCAAUGAUGGUAGUGACAUUACGUUUUAUGGGAACAAACAUCUGCAUGUAAAAAUAUGGUUGCUAGUUUGGUUGUUUAUUAUGCAACCAUACGUUGACUUAGGCUUACAUAAUUAACUAUACAUUUUUGUUAUUUAAUCUCCUAAAUCUUAUUUAAUGAUUGAAAAAUGUUUUAAAACUAUCAAACGGUGCAGGAUAUGAAAAAACCCACCAAUUUUUACAUAGUCAUUUUCAUGGCUUGCUCAAAAAUGCAUUCAACAUAUUUUGAUAAAUAAUGUUUACCUUACUGUAAUUCAAGUAAGAUUUAUAUAUAUGCUCAAAAAUAAAAUACCAACUUACGUUUGGCAAAUUGAUAAUAUUUACACUCAAUUAAAAUUCUUCUUACUGAAUUGCAAUAAUAAAUAACACACUAACAUGAUAUAAGAAAGGCUCUGAUGAUUGAACCUUAUAAUGAAGUAUUUUAGACAUUUGUAGGUAUGUAUAUAAGUAGUAACUGGCAUCUAAAUCAUGUAAUAAAUGUAGUACGUUAUGAUUUAUUUAUUAAUAUAAAUUGAAUUCAUCAAACAUCAUGACUUGAGUUAUAUACUGCUAGUCAACUUAUAAUUUGAAAGAUAGCGCGAUUCUUAACGGCACAAGUUUUCCGUGCACAAGUUGAGAGUCUGAACUAAAACCAAUCAAACGCCAAAACUUUAAAAUAAGGGACUCUUUGUAUGAUGGAUUAAGGUUCAUUUUCUUCAGUAUGAUGCAGCUGUUGUAAUAUGCGCAAGCAUAUAAACAAGAUUCAAAAUUAUAGUUAUUUGUGUGUCGAACGGUUCACAUCCAGGAAGCAAGGCAGGUUCGUAGAUUGCUUUUUAUCACAAUUUGAAUUUGAAUGAUUGUUUUUCUUUAAUAUGCUUCAUUUAUAGUUUUCACUAAAAUUUCACAUUUGAUAUCUAACCCUGAAAAGAUAAUCAUAUUUUGAUAUGCGUAAAACGAUAAUCAUGCGUCAAAUUGACUCCCGACCUUAAAAUGAUUGAAAAUGCAACUUUUUCUUUAUAAAUAAUCGAUGAAUUAUCAUUACGGUGUUAACACAGCGAUAAAUAACAAAACCUAAAAUUUAGAUUUAAACUUUUCUUUUUUAAUUAAGAAAAAACUGACGCAUUAUCAGACGAAAAAAAGCAAUAUUGCCGAAAGCGAGGAGUCAAAUUGAAGCAGAGUAUCUUUCCAGGGCUAAAUACUACAAACUAUAAUACACACUUUUAUCAUAUUUGAUUUUACAUUUAUAUAAACUGUAAAUUGGCUUCUUCAAUCCUUGAUGUUGCUCUUUUAAAUUUCCUGACUUUUUUCAUGCUAGAAACUGAAUGAAAUAUUUAAUCCUGUUUGGCGAAACAUCCUAAAACUAAACACUUUAAUUAUUAAAUUUUAUUGAUUUCAUCCAGAGUUACACUAGUGCCACACGAAAUACUGUUAAUCUAAAAAAUUGUAUCUCAGAUCUUAAAAUGUUCUGCAAAUGAUUAAGAAUAUUUUGCAAAUCCAACGAAACUAUAUUGCAUAGUAGCCGUGUUUCACAAAAAUGCCGUGAAGAUUUUUUAUCAUGGUUUCUUUUAUUUUUUAUUUUUUUUUUUUGAAUUAUGAAACGACGUGAACAUUCCGUAGGAGUACUUUUUCUGUACUAAAUGUCAUGAUUAGAAAAUUCAAUGAUAAUGUAGAAGAAA